GCGAUUCGCGAUCUCUGGUUUAGGGUUUCGUCAAUUUCACCGACCAGAAGGUGGAGAUUUACGAUCAGGUAACUCUUUUGAUACGUGUUUCGCUUCAUCGUUUCUUUGUUUGGUUGCCAAGAAACCACUGGAAAAUAAUUGAAAACCCCGGAAUCUCAUAGCAGCCAAUGUGAAAUUCCGUCCUUUUUUCGCCUGUUAUUUUACUAAGGUUUCUCGGGAACCGAACCGGAUUAGGGCUCGUGGAUGCGGACAGUGGAUUUCCGUAAGCAGCCUAAACGCGCUUGGGUUUACAAUGGAGAAAGGAGCGGCUCCUAGCCUAUUCGUUAAUGAUGGUUCAUUUAUGGAGAGAUUCAAACAGCUUCAGCAAGAGAACGAGAAGGAGAAGGGGAAGGGUGCCAAAUUGGAGGAGCCUAAACAGCGCAUGGUUGUGCCAGCAACCUCAACUCCUAAUUCAAUCCCUAGUAAAACCAACAAUGUAUCUAAGACUAAUGGCACCCGCAAAACUCCCCUGGCUGCACCAAAUGGCAAGCUUGCCUUCAGCUUGAAACAAAAGUCAAAGCUUGUGCCACCUCCUGUUAAGUUAGGUGCAGAUGAGGAUGAAGAAGAAACCGAUGCUGGAAAUUUGUCCAGUGAUGCACCAAUGAAACGACAGAAGUUGGGUCAAAAAGAUUCCUCUGAGCAUCCAUCACCACAAGUAGAUGUUGCACCACCUUCCCCAAGUGAUCCUGCAGUGAAGAAAGUUGCAGACAAACUUGCAAGUUUUGUGGCAAAAAAUGGAAGACAAUUUGAAGAUGUUACUCGUCAAAGAAAUCCUGGAGAUACCCCUUUUAAAUUUUUAUUCGAUGAGGGAUGCGCAGAUUACAAAUACUAUGAAUAUCGGCUUGCUGAAGAGGAAAAGACUCUUUCACAGACUAGGGAUUCCCAGACAUCACAGAGUGGUGGUGGUACAAGCACUUCAGCUCCUAAAUCAACUAGUGGUUCUCAAAGGUCAGUUCAGCAGCGAUCUAAUUAUCAAAUCCCAACCUCAGCUUUAUAUGAAGCCACUGAGGACACUAGGGCUUCGGGUAGUUCUGUUCAAGCAGCAUUGGCUGGAAGAGCUGGUUAUGGUGAAUCUAGUGCACCAACAGGUGCAGAUCCUAUAGCAAUGAUGGAGUUUUACAUGAAGAAAGCGGCGCAGGAAGAGAGGAGGAGGCAGCCUAAGCAGUCAAAAGAUGAAAUGCCUCCGCCUGCUUCUCUUCAAACUCCUGGGAAGAAAGGUCAUCACAUGGGUGACUAUAUCCCUCAAGAAGAGCUUGAAAAGUUCUUGUCUACCUGCAAUGAUGCGGCUGCGCAGAAAGCUGCUAGAGAGGCUGCAGAAAGGGCAAAAAUCCAGGCUGACAAUGUUGGGCAUAAACUCCUGUCUAAAAUGGGUUGGAAAGAAGGUGAGGGUUUGGGGAGCUCUAGAAAUGGUAUUGCAGAUCCAAUCAUGGCUGGAAAUGUGAAGUUGGACAACUUGGGGGUUGGUGCUCAACAGCCUGGUGAGGUAACUGCUGAUGAUGACAUAUAUGAACAGUACAAGAAGCGGAUGAUGCUUGGUUAUCGUUACAGACCAAACCCUCUGAACAAUCCCCGAAAGGCAUACUACUGAGGGACUUUCUUUUGUAAGCAAUUUACUUCUCAGGAUUGAACUAAAGAAAUAAGUUGAAGUGAAACUACUCGUUAUAUAUGGGAAAAAGGAAAAAUGGAUUGGUAUCGCAUGAAUGAGUGGAGCAAGUUUAUCUGGAGCUUUUGUUUUUGUUGUUUUUUUUUCUUUUUUCUUUUUUAAUGUGAAUUCAGUGUUUAUUAGCAAAUUAUUUAGAGGACUGUCUUUUAAGGGUACCUUUCCUUUUUUUGGUAAUCUUGUUCCUUGUGUGAUUGGAAUUUCAUUGUACCUGCUUGAUUAGUAUAUUUUUUUUAAGUUA